AUGACACAUGCCUGGCAGGUUAUUCUGUUAAAUGCGAUAGAAGGAGGUUUUUCGGCUAUUGCAUACGUGGGAGCUCACUUUAUUCUCGGAUCUUGGUAUAAGAGAUCCGAACUUGGCAUUCGUGCUGCUGUGUUCUGUGUUUUUGGACAUAUCGGGACCAUGGCCGGCGGCUGGAUCCAAGCCGGUUUGUUGGCGACGUUGGCGGGCAAGGGUGGUCUUCCUGCUUGGAAAUGGAUAUUCAUCAUCGUGUCCGUGAUGACGGUUCCGGUUGCGCUAUUCGGCUGGAUAUUCAUUCCCGACCUCCCAGUCCAUCGCGCGGCAUGGUUCCUCAACGACGAACAGAAAGAGCAUGCAGUGGCGCGGCUUGGUGCUCUGCGCAAACAGUCCUGGGACGUCACGGUCUUCAGACGAGUGCUACUGAUAUACUCUCUUUGUGUGCAGAUGCUUUCGAACAAUGUCAUGGCUUAUUGGAUGGCAUCCCGCGGCUACACGGUGAUUCAACAAAACAAUUAUCCCACCGGCAUCUACGCAACUGCCAUAGUAGGUACCAUUGUCUAUGCAGUCAUUUCUGACAAGCUACAAUCUCGAUGGGAAGUUUCCAUCGCCAUUGGUCUCACCUUCGUGAUUGGAUCUUCAAUCCUCGUGUCAAGUCCGUCCACGAAUGCAGGCUACUUCGUCGCAUUCUAUCUACUGGGAACCACCUACGCACCUCAAGCGGUUUGGUACUCAUGGAUGGCAGAUGUCACUGGACAUGACUUCCAACUACGCGCCAUCACGACUGGAUUCAUGAAUUCCUUCGAUUUUGCUUUCGUUACUUGGUGGCCCCUGAUCUUCUACCCUGCUACCGCUGCACCUAAUUUCCACAAGGGGUAUGUUGCAAGUCUGGUGACUGGGGCUUUGACACUUCCAUUGGUUGGUUUGAUUGCGUAUCUUGAGAAAAGAGAUCGAUCCCGGGGUGUCAUUGGGAGGAUUGAGGAUGAGUCGAUAAGUGGCGAGGAGGAGUAUUUGCGAGACGAUUCGAGGAAGCCGGUUGGUAGCCCUGCCAAGGUGCGGGCAACGGAGAUAAACGUGUAA